CCCAGGCAAUUUGUACGUCGUACAGCGUUUGCGCGCUGAGUUUGUUGGCUGCCCCGCACGACCAGCGAUACGGUACACGGCGAAGAGAUGGCCUCGGAGGAGCACAGAAUCCGCGAGCGGCUCUGGACGCGCGCGCAGGUCUGGCGUGAGCAGCACAGCCCCGAGAAGGCCAGCGCCGGCUGCCCCACUCGUCGAGACCUGUACCACUCGCCGAACAUACCGCGGACGACGGCGCGGCCGACGCCGCCCGCGGCGCCGACGCCGAAGAAGACGCCGUCGCCCGGCUUCCGCGACAAGCCGUCGGGGUCGCUCGUGCGGCGGCUGGGCCUCGGCCGCAUCGACGACCGCGGCGCGGGGCUGGGCAAGAAGGGCAAGACGGCCUUCGCCGCGGCCUACCGCGGCGGCGAAAUAUCGCGGUGGCUGCGCGUGGACCAGAACGGCUCCUACCCCGUCGUCGUGUUCGCGGCGGCGGCGGCCGACGUGCCGCUGGGCCGGGCGCUGCCGCUGUGCUUCGAGGGCCUGUCGGAGCGGUGCCACCCCCUGUGCCUGCUGGCGCGGCGCGGCACGCUCAUGCUCCUCGCCGAGCACCCCGAGCGGGCGCAGGUGCCGGCCUGUGUGGAAAUCAAAUUUUUACGGCGCGUUCGUGCUGAAUCAUCGCGUCGUCCUCCACGCCAUCGACGCGACGCCUGCUCGAUGGCGUGGCGAUGCCGGUUCCUCGCCGCUCGAGCACCCGACGCACUGGUUGAUCUCCACACAGGUCCCGGCGCUCCUGCCGCGGCUCGCGGGCCCGCUUCGGGCCGCGCUGGCCGACCCGGACGCGGACGUGUGCGGCUUCGCGCUGACCGUGCUCGCGCCGCUGGCGGAGCUGUGCGGCGCGGCCCUCGAGCAGUUCCUGGACCGGCUCCUGCCGCCCGUCGCGCGGCGCUGCGGCGGCCGCGGGAAGCUGGCGGCGGCGGCGCUGGACGCGCUGCGGCGCGUCGAGGAGUCGUGCCCCGGCGCGGGCGCGAAAAUCAGGCGCAAGGUGCCGGCGUACCGGUAGGGCCCGGCGGCGGGCGCGCGUAACAGACCCC